AGGAGGAGGUUUGAUCAAUCUACAGCGAGCUGGCGGCUGCUCCAGUGGGGGACGAGGCUGGGAUUCUGCAACUCCCACGCAGGAAAACAGGCAGGAGCAGGCACGGGGCUGUCAAAGGCUCUGUCUCAUCUCUGCUGCCCACAAGCGUUGAGCUGGUCCUGCUGUUUCAGGUUCUUUCACUGUUCCCGUGUCACAAUGUCAAAGAAAUUCUCUUCAGAGCAAUAACAUUGCACAAGAAAAGUAUCCUGUGUUUGGAUGUCUGUGAAGAUGUUUGCUUGCGACGCUUGGAAGCUCGGAGCAGGAAGUCAUAAAGUAUUAGCCGAUCCCGCGCCUGGCGGCGAACUCCUUCCCUUGCAGCACAGAGGAGGAGAAGCCGAGGGAUGGAGCCACCGCGUGUAGCAGCCCGCUUCUUCCACUGCGAGCUCCUGUGAUGGAAAUCUUGUCCUUCUUCUCAUUGCCCUGGGGUACCAGAAGAUGCUUCAGUGGCGAUACCUCUUUCACAAUGCAAGUUAUGAAUGAAAUUCAUUAACUAACAUCCCCUUCCUCACCCUGAUCUCCAACAGACUUCCUGUAACGCUUGGAAGAAAGGGUCAGGGGAGAAGGGUUGAAGGUCACCAUGAAGCUAAAACAGCGGGUUGUGCUGUUGGCCAUCCUCCUUGUCAUCUUCAUUUUCACAAAAGUUUUCCUCAUUGACAACUUGGACACCUCAGCCGCCAAUCGGGAGGACCAGCGCGCCUUUCACCGUAUGAUGGCAAGCCUCCACGUAGAACUGGACCCUCGACUCGACCAUACGUUGCAGUCCCCUUGGGAAAUUGCAGCCCAAUGGGUGGUGCCCCGGGAGGUGUAUCCUGAGGAGACACCCGAGCUAGGGGCUGUUAUGCAUGCCAUGACAACAAAGAAAAUAAUAAAAGCUGAUGUGGGAUACAAAGGGACCCAACUGAAAGCUUUGCUAAUACUUGAAGGAGGACAGAAGGUCGUCUUCAAACCCAAGAGAUAUGCCAGGGAUUAUGUAGUGGAAGGAGAACCAUACGCUGGCUAUGACAGACACAACGCAGAAGUGGCAGCCUUUCACUUGGAUAGAAUUCUGGGUUUCCGACGAGCUCCACUGGUGGUUGGCAGGUUUGUGAAUCUACGUACAGAGAUCAAACCAGUAGCCACAGAGCAGCUUCUGGGUACCUUCAUGACUGUGGGUAAUAACACUUGCUUCUAUGGGAAGUGCUACUAUUGUCGGGAAACAGAACCAGCUUGUGCAGAUGGGGACAUCAUGGAGGGGUCAGUGACCCUGUGGCUACCAGAUGUCUGGCCUCUUCAGAAGCAUCGGCACCCAUGGGGUAGGACUUACCGUGAAGGCAAACUUGCCAGGUGGGAGUAUGAUGAAAGCUAUUGUGAUGCUGUGAAGAAGACUUCACCCUAUGACUCGGGCCCCCGUCUCCUUGAUAUCAUCGACACUGCCAUCUUUGACUAUUUGAUUGGGAAUGCUGACCGGCAUCACUAUGAGAGUUUCCAGGAUGAUGAAGGAGCCAGUAUGCUCAUCCUCUUGGAUAAUGCCAAAAGCUUUGGAAACCCUGCCCUGGAUGAAAGAAGCAUCUUGGCUCCUCUUUAUCAGUGCUGCAUCAUCCGGGUUUCUACCUGGAACAGACUCAAUUACCUGAAGAAUGGAGUACUGAAGUCUGCCUUAAAAACUGCUAUGUCGCAUGACCCCAUCUCACCAGUGCUUUCUGACCCUCAUCUGGAUGCCCUAGACCAGCGGCUUCUCAGCAUUCUGGCUACAGUGAAGCAGUGCACAGACCAGUUUGGGCCAGAUGUUGUGCUGGUGGAAGACAGGAUGACACUGUCUCAUUUGUAAUUGUAGUGGAACACAGAUGAAACUCCUUUUUUAAAAAACAAACAACAAAGCGAUAGAAAAACAGCACAAUCAGUUCGGAAGGGCUGUGGCCAAGAUGGACUGAAAAGAACAGGAAAGCUUCCGAGCCAGAGAAACAGAGGUGACACUGGCUUUUACCUUGGGCUGACAGCAGUGAGAGGUGGGAAGUCAGAGCCUUGAACGGCUCAGUACUUGUAAUGGCAUCUUGGCCAUUGUGGUGUGUCCAUUGCCGGCAGUGGACAUUGCACUGGAUAAAAAUGGCUCUUGGUGUUGGUGGAAGUGUGUGGAAUGCAGACGCUAAUUUGUGGACUGAAUCUAGAGGGGACAAAUGGAGAUGAACAGUACAAUCCUUUCCCCUUCUCUUCCCCUCAUAUACUCUUGCGAGUUUUUGUCUGAUUCAGGGUUGUACAUAAUCAGCUGUGAGCUGGUUAGGCAUUUUACUGCUUCUUUAGAGAAAGGAAGUGGUGAAUAAAAUAAUUACUAGACUGAAGAGUUGUGUCACCCCCCCGGGGGUGGGAUGUUCUUCUGAAUGCCAUUAGGGGUGGGAGAGGGGACCUCUGCUGCUCAGUUGUCUUUUUCUCGAUAAAAGGCUGGGAAUGGGGUUUGCCUCAUAAAUGAUAAUGCUUCAGCGUUUUCGCUGAAGUCCUGUCGAGGAUUUAUCCACAGGGUUGGAGAUUUAGGGGAGGACAGGGCGGUUAUACAGCACUUGGUAGUUAAGGGGUUAAAGUAAGUUUCCAUGUGUCCUGCUGUUUUCCAUUUAUAAGGAAUCUGGCAAGGUCUGAGUAGAGGAAAUAUCCUUGCAGUCCUGUGUCCAUAUUAACCAAAUUUUCAUUGUAUGAUAGCUGAGGAGGAGGAGAUAAUCUGUCCUUGGAAGCAGGUUCCGUUUAGCAAGGACAUGCUGCUUACUGUAUGCCCUAUUUAAUUUGGGGAAUCUGGGUGUGUUGCACUGGCAAAAGAUAGGUGUAUUGCUAUAUAUAUAUAUAAAAAUAUAUAUAUGUAUUGCUAUAACCAACAGCCAUGGGCAAGGCCCCGAAGAGUAGACAAAACCCUGAGCUCUGGUCUUUCCUCAUCAUCUCGUACGGAGGGAGCUUUCUGCUGCUCAGUGUUGUAAUCACAGCUCAGUGCUGCUGUUUUGUGGAACACCAGCCCUUUUUUAGUCCCGCCUGGCCUGGCCUGCGGCCAAGCUCUGAAGCUGUGAGCACUUCCAGUAAGUUUUCUGCCUUCCCCAGCUGCUUCCUGCAACAACCCCCACUGUGAUGUUCUGACUGGGGAGGUCAUCCCGGGGUCCUCACUCCUAAUGGUUUUGCCGUAGAUGGGGAGGGUUGGUGCAAGUGAGCUUUUCAGGGUGGACUUGUAGCUCUCAUCUUGUGCUAGUCCUGUCAUCCUUCGGCACUGCUCAACCUGUGCUGCAGAUGAGCUUGUGGCCAUAAAACUUGUCACACUUGUGGUAGGUCUGAAUCUACGUCUCCAGAAGGGAAGCAGCUUCGUCAUUACAUUUCCAAAUUUAACAGGUGUGCAUCGAUUUUCAGUUCAGGCAGUAUGGUCCUUAAGAAGUAAGGGAAGGGCUCACUUCCCAAAAUGAUUACGUAUUAUUGAACUUGUGAGCAAGAGCAGCAAAGUGUCAGUUUAAGACCUUUUCCUUGAUUUGCUUUUCUAGCUCUGCAGUAGUGUGGCAGGCAGAUGAAGUGCUCUUUCCUGCUCUUGCACCUGCUGCCACCUGCCUGAUCAAAGAGGUGUUAAUGAGAGAGUUUAUUUUAAAAAUGCAGUUCUAUUUUGUUGAAGUCUUCUUGUCAUUGCCUGAGCAGAGUAUCUUGAAAGCAGAAUUCACCCAUCUACCUGAGAUUGGAUUUUAUGUUCUUCUAGAUCUCUUCUGGACUUGGCCACGUCACAGACCCACCCCACAGUCAGGAUGAGAUGUGGCGUUGUUUAUUGGUGUUACUAGCCAGGACUGUAAUGCACGGCCAGCUUUUUGGACACUGGUGUUAAGCUAGUGCCUGUUUAUUGCUAUACUUGAUAAUAUAACACAUGCUUUAGAAGCCAUGGUCCUUGGGUGAGUUUAACCCACCGGCGUGGGUUGUGCCUUGUGGGUUCUCUUAGGGCAGAAGGGAGUGCGCUCGGCUGAUGGCGAGCGUGGGCAGGGGCCGUGCAGGGAUUGCCCUCCUCUCUCGCUGGCUGUGCUGGCCUGUCGCCUGGCUUCCUGUCAGAUUUCGGUGCUUCAGCGAGACACUGUUGGAAAGUACUGUGGGCAACAGUUAGGUGGUUAGUGAAUGCUUUUAUUCUAAUGGAGAAUAGAUUCAU